AUGGGGAGCUACCGCAUCGAAGAGUCCCCCAACAAGCGGGCCGGUUGUAAGGUCAAAGCCUGCAAAGACCACAACAUCAAAAUCCAAAAAGGCGAACUUCGUCUGGGAACAUGGGUUGAUACCGAACGCUACCAGAGCUGGAGUUACCGUCAUUGGGGGUGUGUUACUAUCAAGGUCCUUGCAAAUAUUCUGGAAGCUAUCGAAGAGGAUGGCGAACCAAAUUACGAGAUGCUAGAUGGCUUUGAUGAGCUUUCUGCCGAGAAUCAGGCCAAAGUCAAGGAGGCUAUCUUAAAGGGGGAACUCGAUGAAGCUGACAUAACCGACCACUCACUGCUUAAUGGAGGAGCUAGCGAGGAUGUGCAAAAUGAAGCUAAUGGCUCGCCCGAGCAGGCCAAGGCUGAUACCAAAGCCAAAGCCAAGAAACGUUCUCGUGCAGAGAGCGAUGCAGAAGAGGAGGCGCCAAGCAAGCAGACGAAGAAGGCUAAAGGCGCCGUCAAAGAAGAGCCUACCGACGGGAAACCAACAAAGCGUAGCAGAGCACGCAAGGCCGUCAAAGAAGAGUCUCCCGAAGAAGAGGCAAUACCCACCAAGUCAGCCAAGAAGGCCAAAGGUAGAACCACUGUCAAGGAAGAGAAUCCUGAGGAGAAGCCAGUGAAGCGCAGCAGGGCCCGCAAGGUCGACGAAGAAGAGACUGCCAAGCCAGGGAAAACGGCGACGAAGUCUAAGAAGAAGGCAGCUGCUGCGAAGGAUGAGAGCGAUGAAGAAGAAGCGGACGUCGGAGAAGAAGAACAGACAGGGGAAGUCCAUCUACCAGCAAAAAAAGCUCGUAGUAAGGCGGCCGCUGCCACCAGCGAGAAGCCCAAGCGCGGACGCAAGAAGAAGGUCACCGAUGAUGAGGAAUGA